AUGCGUAAACCCUCGGUCGCUCAGGUGGUGUACAACACACUUUUCCCUCGUCCAACUUCCAAUGACCCAUCUUCAUUUGCAGCUCAUGUGGCUAAGCACCUAGUGACUGAGGUCCGGGUGGAGACCGCCAUCUUCUAUGGGCCCCUGGAUUGCAUCGAAGCUCAGUAUCCAGGACUUGACUAUGCCUAUGGCCCCCACCGGAUGCGACUGGGUCGUUUCCCGUGGCACAAACGACUAUUUAGAGCCUUUGACGAAUUGCGACUGACCAAGGAGGAAAUCUUUGAGCUAUGUUGCUGGGAAGGCACCAAAUCCGCGCGGGCGCGAUAUGAGCAAGAGGAAGGGGUCACAGUGCGGGACACAACGGGCGAUUCGAUCCACCCCGCAUCACCAACACCAUUGCCCUUAAUUACGAUACAUGACGACUUUUGCGGGCCAGAAGACCAUGACCAAUUCAUUGAAACCGGUAGCGAUGAUACAGUGCGCGCGAGCAAUUCCCGCAGCUCCAGUGUCAUGUCAGAUUACCGGGCCCAAGAGCUCAUUGAAGAGGACUCCAGCGAUGAGGAAAUGGAAAGUUGUGGCGUGGCAUUGAACCAUCGAUUACUCGUGGCUAUGGCCGCUCGCGACCAAGGAGCCGAUGUUCCUCUGGACGAGGACUAUGAGCAAUGGCUGAAGGAGGCUGGGGAACGGGGAGGCUAUGGGGAUAUGGUUCAUGCGAUUCGAUCUAGCCAGGCCUUCAAUUUCAUUCCCGAGGUCCCAACAUCUGCCCUCCGGCAUGAGGUUCGCCUUGACGACGAAGGACUUUUGCCGACCACGCUUUCUGCAGAAACAUUUCUAUACUCAACCUCCAACCUGUUUGCCUCAAGUCCCGUUAUCCCUCAAUCCUCAAACCACACUUCAGGGACAGCACGUUGA